AUGCAGAAAGUUAUCCAGAGGGCUUCAUCAGCCCGGAAGCAGGCGCAAAAGAAGCUCUACCGCGCGCAGAAAGCCGCUGAAGUUGUGGAGCGCCAGUCGGUCCACCGGCAACGAAAGGAAUACAACAAAGCUUUGGUCACUGGCCUGAAGGAAUCACGGAAUGCUCGCUGGGAGGACUGGGAGAAGGGACCUUUGGCUCCGAUGCGACAUGUCGGACCCCAAGCUACCACAUACGGUGCGCAUCUCCGCCGGAAGGAGGUCUUGCUCGCCGAAGGAGACCGAGUCUGUAUCAUGCGGGGUCGAGACAUGGGCAAGAUCAACGAAAUCACUCAGGUCAACGUCGAGAGUGAGACUGUUACCAUCAAGGAACUCAACCAGGCCGAAAUCGACGUUCCUGCUCAUGCCAAACUUUCCAUGGGAAUCACGAGCGACACCAUCCUCCAGAGUAUGCCGGUGCCCAUGGAUGACGUUCGACUUGUCACUGCCCUUGUGUCCCACAGCGGCGAGACAAGAGAUCACAUCGUACAGCAUGUUUACGCCGGUCCUCCCUACUUGGAAAGAUCCCGCGAAAGCAAACUCCCACGCUUCACUCGCUAUGUCGCUGGAUUGGACAUUGAAAUCCCAUGGCCUAGUGAACCUGCGCCCUCAACCGAGGUCGGAGAGUUUGACACAAGAGGAAAUGAAGUGGCAGACGUGUCUUGGGUUCCCUCUCUGGACGAGCCACCAUUCCCAUCCAGCGUUAUCGACGAACUGCGUAACAAAUACUCCCGAUUCCGCACACGGCACGACCCUGAGUACGUAAGGGAGAAGGUGAUGGAGGAAUACCGACAGGAAUACAUGAAGAGCCAGACCUUAUUGACCCCCAGGGGCGAGAAGAAGCAUGCGACCGCAAAGGCCAGUGCGGCGUCCAAGCUGGCGAAGUUGGAUGCCGAUGGCAAUGUGCUCAUGGACGACGAGACCAACAACUUCAUCAGCCGCUUCAUGAAUAUGAAUGUGAGCAAGAAGUCGACAAAGUCUGCUUAG